UUUUUCUAUGGUUGUCAACAUUGGAAAAGUGGGGUUAUCGUGACAAAAAGUGGGGUUACUUUGUAUUUAAAUUAAAAAUUGUAACAUUUUAUGCAACAAACAACUUUAUAUUCGCAAUGGCAAGCACUGAAAAUACUGUACCAGAACAUUGUCCUGGGACUGAAAGUGCAAACGCAGGGAAAGAUUCUGCGUGUGCAGGGUGCCCAAACCAACAAAUAUGUGCAACAGGGCCGAAAGGCCCCGACCCUGGCAUACAGUUGGUAAAAGAACGGCUGGAAUGUGUUAAACAUAAGAUUCUUGUAUUGUCGGGGAAAGGAGGUGUAGGAAAAAGUACUGUAACGGCUUUAUUAAGCAGGGCUUUGGCUGCAAAUGAUAUAGAAAAAAAUGUAGCUGUGUUGGAUAUUGACAUUUGCGGACCUUCGCAACCAAGAGUUUUGGGUGUUUUAGAUGAAGAGGUCCAUCAGUCAGGCUCUGGUUGGUCGCCAGUAUAUGUGGAUGAUAAUUUAUCGGUGAUGUCAAUAGGGUUUCUUUUAUCGUCGCCAGAUGACGCCAUCAUUUGGAGGGGGCCAAAGAAAAACGGCAUGAUUAAGCAGUUUUUGAGUGAGGUCGAUUGGGGAAAUUUAGAUUAUUUACUUAUGGAUACACCACCAGGAACUUCCGAUGAACAUCUUUCGGCCUCUACAUAUUUAUCACAAGCAGGUCUAACAGGGGCUGUAAUUGUUACCACCCCACAGGAAGUAGCUUUAAUAGAUGUCAGAAAAGAAAUCGAUUUUUGCAGAAAAGUUAACAUAAAUAUACUGGGGGUUGUAGAAAACAUGUCCAUAUUUGUAUGCCCUAGCUGUAUUAGACAAAGCGAAAUAUUCCCAGCAACAACAGGUGGCGCCCAAAAAAUGUGUGAAGAUUUAAAUGUGCCAUUUUUGGGUAAAUUACCCCUGGAUCCUAAAAUCGCAAGGUGCUGUGACGAAGGCAAAAACCCCAUUGAAACAUUACCAGACUCACCUGCUGUCAAAUCCGUACUAACCAUUACAAAAAAACUUAUUGAAGCCUGUGAGAAGUCAUAAAGUGUACUACGUUGUAUAUACAUGAAUAAUUUAUAGCCUAAU